AUGGUGCGCAUCGAAGAAGUUCAGGAUGAAACGGAGAAGCUGAGGCAACAAGGCUUCAGCGCCCCCCAGGAGGAUGACCAGGACUGGGAGGCUACGGACGACGAGUCUGACGACGAGGACCUGUCCGACGACGAAGAGUUUGUGUCGGAGCGCGGUCUCGUCGUUCCCAACGAGACGCUCUUUGAUCGCAUCGCUGCGCUGAAAGAUGUUCUAUCGCCUUCUACUCGUGCGUCGCUCAAGAAGAGCUUCAACACGGCCUCGACCUACACCUUCUUUGGUGGCUGGGUCGCGGGCAAGCUGAUCUGGAUUGGCGUCACCUCGGCACUGCUCGUUGGUCUUCCCUUUGCCCUGGCUGUUGAGGACGAGAGCCGCAUCUCGGUUCAGGAGAAGGAGCUCCUCGCACAGCAGGGCGGCCAGGUCGGUGCCGCGCCCGGCCUUCCCGCGGACGCUGCCGCGGCGCAGGCGGCGGCGGCGCAGGGCCAGCCGCAGGGUCUGCGUCCCCCCGGCUUCUAA